UGCCAUCACUUCACUCUUAGAAGCAGUGAGCUACGUUAGUACCAGUGAGGUAUGCUGUGGAGACAACAUUCACACUCAGAGGCCCUGAACCUUUAAUUUUUUAUGCAAAGAAACAUAAGAAGGUAGGACAGGCCAAACUUUUCAGUGGACUUUUACUUUCAGAGCACUUAUGGGGACAAUUUCUGAAGAUAUCAGGAGACUUCUAGCAGAUUGUGAGCUGUUUGUCUCCAGCAUUCUGCAGGACGAGAACCUCAGUAAGCAUGCUUACGAAGCAAGGGAAAUUCUUCUGAACAACUUUCGAGUCGUCCACAACAAAAAUCCAGAGGAAUUCCCCUACACUGGAGGGGAGGACAAUUCAGAUGACAACCACAGCUCUAGCCUGGGACGUUCUGCCCCUUCUGAUGAUCUGUCUGUGGCUUCGGACUACCAGGAGGACGCUGCACCCGAAUAUUUUGAAGAGAUUCCCAUAGUGGCGGCACAAGACCUGAGUAACAUCCUGAAGCAAGGUUACCUUGAGAAGAAAAGACGCGACCAUACAUUCUUCACCAUGGAGUGGCAGAAAAGGUGGUGUGUGCUGAACAAUACCAUAUUCUACUACUUUGGGAGUGAAAAAGACAAGCAGCAGAAAGGCUCCUUUUACAUCAAUGGCUACAAAGCAGAGCUUGUAUCCAACUUGCGCAAAGACUCCAAAAAGAACUGCUGCUUUGAGAUGAAGGCUCCUCAUAGACGUUCCUACCAGUUCACUGCCAGCAGCCCUCGUGAGGCCAAGGAAUGGGUGGACCAGAUCAAUUUCGUCUUAAAGGAUCUGAACUCCAGCUUCAUCCCCUUUGAUGAUGAUGAGGAAGAGGAGGAGGAGGAAGAGGAAGAGGAGACAUAUGAUGACAUUGAGAGAGCGACCACUCCACCUUUGCGCCCCGGCCCUGCCUCUGCAGCUCCAGCUCCAUCGCCAGUACCCAGUGCCCGUGAGGCGAGGAGGGAAAGAACAGUGGCAGCUGCAGAGGAAGACCUGGAAGAUGAAGAGGAUAUAUAUGAAGUGCUGCCAGAGGAUGACUUCUCAGACAACUCAGAGGACUGCAGUGAGAGGAGCCAAAAAGCAGACCCAUCAUCAGAUUAUGCCAAUUACUAUCAAGGCCUGUGGGACUGUGAAGCUGAUGGCCCUGAUGAGCUGGCAUUUCGUAGAGGAGACAUCAUCUACAUCGUAAGCAAGGAGUAUAACAUCCACGGCUGGUGGGUUGGGGAGCUGGAUGGCGUUAUUGGCAUCGUACCCAAAGAGUUUUUACACCCUGCUUACAUUCUUUAAGUUCACAAUACACUCCUUUUAGAGAUUUAGCAAGCAGUAGACAGAGAUGGACACCGGCUUAUCGUUAAGUCUCUCUUUCUGAAUAAUAUGGCAUAUUUUACACCAAACCAAUGUUUAUCACAUAUUAUUUGACAAUAUACUUUUGCUACGUGUCUAAUUAGCAAUAAACUAAAGAGAAACAGCAUGACUAGUAUGCUGAUUUAAAAAAGUGUACUUGCGGGUUAGUUUGCUGUUGUGUGGUACCAAACUCUUCCCAACAACAACGACACCUGCUGGCUAAUAGUGUAACUACAGGGGAAACGGAACGUGCUGUUUUCGUAGUUAGCUUUCAUUUGUAAUAGAUCACUUUUGUCGUAAUGACAGAUAUAAAAUUUGUUUCACUAAUUCAACUUAUUUAAUACAAUUAUUUACAGUAGAGUGAAAUGAUUUAUAUAAAAUACACAAAAGUACAUUUCUACAUGAACUUGUUUAUUAGUUCUUGAAAAAAUGUUUGUUUUUUAUCUGAUUUUCAAAUAUAUAUAACAAGCAAACGUCAGAGACACCCUUCAUUCAUUUCAUUUCCAGUCAAAACAGCCAUUAAAUACAACUUUUUUGUCAAAAAAGCAGAUUAUAUAUAUAUAUAUAUAUACUUAAAUUACAUUAAACCUUCAACAACACAACAAUCAGCAUUCAAAGUGCCCACUCUUUGCCUUUAUUACAGAUUCUAUACUUGUCAAGAGCCUUGCUUUUAGUUUUUCAAAGAAAUCUGCAGGGAUAUUUUUCCACAUUUUUCUAGGUUCAUUCUUAGAAGCUGGUUGCAAUUUCUGCGUUUGUGUAAUCUCAAACACAUUCAGCGAUGUUGUGGUCUGGACUCUGGGGAAGUCAGUCAUUUUGCUGACAACAUCAGCACCUUUGUUUCAUUUGCAGAUGUGCUCACUUGUUGUCUAUUUCCUUUUCUCAGUAAGGGCUUCUUGACAGCUAGUGUUGAGCUGUCUUCUCACAGUUGAAGGAUGAACAGAAGCAGUGUUUUUUUUUUCAGAUCUUAAAUAAGAGUAGAGCAUGUUUUUUUUCUCUCUCUCAAAGAUGAAAGAUUCAAGUGCCGUUUAUCUGAUAGGGACAGUUUAGGUGGUCUACCAGGUCUUGCAUGAUUUUUAGGAGACCCAUUUUCUAGGCAUCUUUUAAUAAUUCUUGUUUGGCUGUUAUUCACUUUUAUUUUUACUCUUUCUUUUGCAAAUCUCAUAUCUAAUCUCAUUGGAGAUAUUUUCAGAAAAAAUAAUUUGUACCACAAGGAUGGUUUAACUGGAAAUUAAAUAAAUGAAGGGUCGUCUCUGACCUGCACUGUACUGUAUAUACAAUCUAUGAAGAGAAUGUACUUAAUGUAAUGUAUACUUACUUGGCUGUAGUGCAUAUAUUUUCUGAAAAUAUGAACAAACAAUGCAUCAGAACAUAUUUAUAGAACAAUUACCAAAUUAAGAGCACUGCUACACUAUGAAAUUUGGUUCAAUUUGAGCUAAUGUAGUGAUCAUCCAAGUCUAUUUCUGUUUGUAGUAUACCCCUGUGAUAGUGUUGAUAAAUGAGCCACCUGCUGGUCAUGAGCAGAAGUGCGCCAGCCUGCCCAUAAUGUGGGCCACUCAGUCCACAAUAAAAUGCAUCAUCUAAGACUGUAA